AUGAUGCGCACCUCCAUCGCUAAGCUCGCCCGCCCGGCCCUGCUCUCCCGCACCUUCGCCACGACCACCCGGGUCAUGGCCGCCGGCGACACCGGCGCUCCGCCCAAGACCGGCGGCGCGGGCGACGCCUUCCAGAAACGCGAGCGCGCCAGCGAGGACUUUGCGAUCCGCCAGCGCGAGAAGCAGAAGCUCAUGGAGCUCAAGAAGAAGCUGGCCGAGCAGCAGGCCCACCUGCAGCAGCUCUCCGACCACAUCGACGAGAUCACCCAGGAGCAGGGCGGCGAGCAGAACUAA